AUGGGGAUACUCCAAGUCGACUUGAAGUUCACCGACCCGAAAAAAAUGGACUUGGGCGCCUGUGCGAAGACCCAUUCCCAAAAAUUGAAAGGCGAGCGUAUUAGGGCGGCCCAAAAGCGUCUAGAGAAAACACCGGAAGAAAACAAUCGAACCACUGGGCUGAUGCGUGAGAUUGGAGAAAUUCAAACGGGGUACGAAGGGGCCAUGGGCGAAGUUGAAAAUUACAAAGAUAUCGCAUUCAAGGUAGUCACGGAUACCUACGUCACUUCGGACUCCGGUGCCGGGAACCUCCAUCAGGCCCCAGCGUUCGGUGCAGAUGAUCAUGAAGGCUAUAAGCGUCAUGGUGUUGUCCCGGCGGAUGUGAUCCCACCUUGUCCCAUAGACGACGGUGGCCGCUUCACAAGUGACGUUCCUGACUUCCAAGGCCAACAUGUUAAGGUUUGUCAAAUGACGUACCAGAUGCGGAGGAUGAAGAGCAAGAUGAUGGGUAGUCGCUAA